AUGGAGUCCACAGCUCUCCUCUUUGCUCUGUUGUGGUCGGCUUCUCGCUCAGGUGCAGAGCUGGUGGACUGUGACGCGGCCCUGGCUCUGGAGAACGUCCGUCUGAUGGAAGGGGAGUCCCUGUGGUUCAUCCCGCCGGGCCUGGAAGAGGGCAGUACUCUGAGCUGGUUCUGGAACGUGUCUCAGGAAGUCCUGCCACUGUCCUCUGAGGAGACGGAGCCGGUGCACGCCCACGGAGCCGCGCUGUGUCUGCUUAACGCCACUCAGGGGCGCACCGGCUGCUUCAAGGCCCUGGAGAACUUCACAGGUUCCAUCAUAGAGCACUACGUGAAUGUGAGCGUGGUGGCGAAGAACAGCACCAAACUAGUGAAGGAGAUUGAAGGAAGCUCCCAAACCAUCUUCCUGUCCUGUCCUGACCGAGUGAGCCACGCCUGCCAGCUCAACGGCACCAAGGCCUGGUACAAGGACGGAGCACUGGUUCCGGGAGAGGACGAGGAAUACCUGGCGGUGCUUAAUACUGGGCUGGAGGUGCAGGGUCGGUACGACUGCGUGUGCAGCUGGUUCCACCACCAGCAUCUGUACCGCUCUGUGGGCUCCAUGAUGCUGCGCCUCAAAGAACAAUUCCUUGUGAGGCCUCUGAGGAUCCUGUCUCCAACUGAGGAGGUGCAGCUGGCGGACGCAGGGGCCAGUCUACUGCUGAACUGCACUGUGUUGUGUGGCAUCAACAUCAGUCCUCAUAACUGUGUGGCGCUGUGGAAGGCCAAACACGCCGACCUGCACUCAGAGGACUACACCAUGACCAAGCACGUGGACACAAACCCCUCCAAGCAGACCAUUGUGACCCAGAGGCUGCACAUCCACCAGCUGACUGCAGACCACUUCAGAGACGAAUACCAAUGUGUGGGGCGGAGCGUGGCUGUGGAACCUGUCUCCUUCAUUGUCCGUCUGCAGGCCAGACAGUCGGUGGCAUCUCUGGCGGCGGCUUUGACAUGUGUCCUGGUCCUCGCUGUCCUCAUGGCUGUGAUGGUCAAGUGCUUUAUGGUGGACUUGGUUCUUCUGUCCCGCAGACUGUUCCCGUUCAGGCUUGGAGACACCGGGGUGAAGGCGUUUGAUGCUUAUGUGGUGUACCAGCUGCACUCCCAGGACAAAGACACAGAGGAGGCUGUAGGCUGCUUUGUGUCUCAGGAGCUGCCUCGUGUCCUGGAGCACAAGUAUGGCUACAAGCUCUUCAUCCACGGACGGGACGACCUCCCAGGGGAAGAUCACGUGGAGCUGGUGGAGAUGCGCAUAAAGAAGAGCAGGAGACUCAUCGUGGUCCUCUCUCCAGUCUCAGGGUGCCAGGUUGCUGAGACGUGCGAGGCCCCAGGGGGAUAUGACUGGCAGGUGGGUCUUCAUGAGGCCCUGGUCCAGCGAGAUCUUAAUGUGAUCCUGGUUCAGCUGGGGGACACUGGCCCUGGAGGAUACUCCCGCCUGCCCCCCGGCCUGCAGCACCUGACCCAGAGCUGUCGCCCCCUCCGCUGGAGCCCAAAUGCUCGCAGUCGGGCCAACGCCCGCUUCUGGAAGAGAUGCUGGAAACAAGAUAUGGAGUCACCAGAGGGCAGUCCCAGUCCUACUCAAAGGGACCAGAGAGAUGUGGAGACAGUACCUGACGAGAGAGCCCUGUCUGGCCCUGGCCUCGACCCCUCGCCCUCCAGUUCAUCCUCUGGGGCCGAGGAGGUGGAACGACAGCAGCAGCAGGAGGACAGCAGCAGCAGCAGCGACGAGGAGGACGAGCACCAGGGGGCCAUGAGGAGGCUUCGCAGCAGUGUGGCCCAUAUCAUGAGACCCAUGCCUCCAGCUCACGACCAGGACACUGCUGGUCAGAAUGAUACUGACCGCUCCAAGUCAAGAUCUGGGUCCAGAGAAGGGGAUCCCAGCCAGGACUCUGACCAGGACCAAGAUCAGCCUGACCAGGACCAAGAUCAGCCAGAGCACGACCCGGAGACAGAAAACCAGCGGGACAGGUCCAGGUCCAGGUCCAGGUCCAGGUCCAAGUCCAGAGAGGGGGAGCGCAGGAGGGAUCGCAGGAGAGAGCGCAGGGACCGAUCCAGAUCCAGGUCCAGAGGGCGGAGAGAGCGCUCCAGAUCCCGAGAGAGGAACAGGGAGCGAGAGCGCUUCCACAGGGGCCACAUUGGACGAGACUGGCGCGGGGACCGAUACGACCGACGAGGGCCCAACUGGGAGCCAGAGGGAGAGACCAGGAGGCGAGGCCGGUCCUCCUCCCCUGCUGAGCGAGAGAGUGGGCCGGCGGGAGAAGAGCCUCCAGUGAAGAAGAAGAAAGAGGACCUGGACCCCCUUCUGACCCGAACAGGAGGGGCCUACAUCCCCCCCGCCAAGCUCCGCCUCAUGCAGCAGCAGAUCAGCGACAAAAGCAGUCUGGCCUAUCAGAGGAUGAGCUGGGAGGCCCUGAAGAAGUCCAUCAACGGUCUCAUCAACAAAGUCAACGUGUCCAACAUCGUGAACAUCAUCCAGGAGCUGCUGCAGGAGAACAUCGUGAGGGGCAGGGGUCUUCUGGCUCGCUCCGUGCUCCAGGCCCAGGCUGCCUCUCCCAUCUUCACCCACGUCUACGCCGCUGUGGUGGCCAUCAUCAACUCCAAGUUCCCCCAGAUUGGAGAGCUUAUCCUCAAGCGGCUCAUCCUCACCUUCAGGAAGAGCUACCGCCGCAACCUAAAACAACAGUGCCUCACGGCUUCCAAGUUUGUGGCACAUCUCAUCAACCAGAACGUGUCCCACGAGGUGCUGUCCUUGGAGAUGCUCACGCUGCUGUUGGAGCGGCCCACAGACGACAGCGUGGAGGUGUCCAUCGCCUUCCUCAAGGAGGUUGGACUGAAGCUCACCGAGGUGUCGCCCCGAGGAAUCAACGCUAUCUUCGAGCGGCUGCGGAAUGUCUUGCACGAGUCGGCCAUCGACAAGCGCGUGCAGUACAUGAUCGAGGUGAUGUUCGCCAUCAGGAAGGACGGCUUCAAAGACCACCCAGUGGUCCCAGACGGCCUGGACCUGGUGGACGAGGAGGACCAGUUCACACACAUGAUGCCCCUGGAGGAUGAGUACAACACAGAGGACAUCCUGAACGUGUUCAAGUUGGACGCAGACUUCCUGGACAAUGAGGAGAAGUACAAGACGCUGAAGAGAGAUAUCCUGGACGAGGGAAGCAGUGACUCCGGAGAUGAAGCAGACGGCAGCGAUGAUGAGGAGGAUGAGGAGGAGAAGGAGGAAGGGGAGGAGGCAGAUGGAGAGAAGGUGACCAUCUUUGACCAGACUGAAGUGAACCUUGUGGCCUUUAGGAGGACCAUCUACCUGGCCAUCCAGUCCAGCUUGGACUAUGAGGAGUGCGCUCACAAACUUAUCAAGAUGGAGUUCCCAGACAGUCAGACGAAGGAGCUGUGCAACAUGAUCCUGGACUGCUGCGCUCAACAGAGGACCUACGAGAAGUUCUUUGGGUUGCUGGCCGGGAGGUUCUGUCUGCUCAAGAAGGACUACAUGGAGAGCUUCGAGGCCAUCUUUGCAGAGCAGUACGAAACCAUCCACCGCCUGGAAACCAACAAGCUGAGGAACGUGGCGCGCCUGUUCGCCCAUCUGCUCUACACCGACUCUGUGCCCUGGAGCGUUCUGGAGAGCAUCAAGAUGAGCGAGGAGACCACCACGUCCUCCAGCAGGAUCUUUGUGAAGAUCCUCUUCCAGGAGCUGUGUGCUUUCAUGGGGCUGCCCAAGCUCAACCAGAGGCUCAAAGACCCGACCUUGCAGCCGUUCUUUGAAGGUCUCUUUCCUCGGGACAAUCCCAGAAACACACGUUUCGCCAUCAACUUCUUCACCUCCAUCGGUCUGGGAGGACUCACAGACGAGCUCCGAGAACACCUGAAGAACGCCCCCAAAAUGAUCAUGACUCAGAAGCAGGAAGUAGACUCCUCAGAUUCCGACUCUUCAUCCUCCUCAUCCUCCUCCUCCAGCCAAUCAGAGUCCUCAGACUCGUCCAGCAGCAGCUCCUCAGAUUCUGAUGAAAAACACAAGAAGAAGAAGAAGCGCAAACAGCAAACCAAAAAGAAGAGCAAAAAGAAAGCACAAAAAGAGGACAGGUCAGAUCACAGAGACAGAAGCAUGCAGGACCAACGGCGGACCAGGGAGGACCCCAGGGAGGACCCCAGGGAGGACUCCAGAGAAGACCCCAGAGAAGAACAUAGAGAGGACAGAGCCAAUAGGAGGCAGGAGAGGAGAGACGAGUGGGUGGACAGGAGAGGGGAGAGGAGUGACGAUAUGAGAGAAGACCGCAGAGAGGACCGAGCGGACAGGAGGGGGGAGAGGAAUGAGUGGGUGGGCAGAAGAGGGGAGAGGAGCGAGGACCAAAGAGAAGACAGGAGGGGGGACAGGAGAGACGAGUGGCCAGACCGAAGAGAGGAGAGGAGCGAGGAUCCGAGAGAAGAGCACCGAGAGGACCAAGGGGACAGGAGGAGGGACGACCGGAGAGACAGAGCAGACAGAAUGGACAGAGACGACCACGAAGCAGACAAUAGACAGAAGGAGGACCGCAGGAAAGCAGAGGACAGGCAUAAAGACAGAGAGACCCAGGAUACCAGGGAGAGAGAGCGCAACAAGGAGAACAGGGACAGGAACCGUGAGGAGCGCAGGCACAGGUAG